UAUGCAAGUGGAAAGAUGUACGGAAUUGAGAAAUGUUCUAUAAACGAUCGGGAUUGUAGGAUUCGAAUAAUAAUAAACGAAACAGAAGACAAUCUGCGAGAAGACACCGGGACAGAUACUCCAAAAUUCCUCGUAGAUGUUACUCAAUUUUGCUUGGAAACUUUAACACAAUUAAUUUCACAACAACUUACGCUUCUCGUUAUUAUAACUGAUAUUCAUAACAAUACUUGUUGAAAAUAAAAGCGAAGGUGUCACGCGGUAGACCAGAGUAGAGAUACCCAGCUGGAAAAACCAAUCGAAUGGACCACGCAUCGUACACAAACAAGGACGUCCAUCUGCAUCUUAUCGAUCUUCAACUUCAUCGCUUGGAUUCAUCUACCUCCGAAGGCUGAUGCCGCACAUCGCGUCAAUGGAUGAGAAUGGAGUACAACUACGCCUUGCCGGAAACCUGCAAUGCGGACUUCCUGGGGCAGAGUGUAGCCAGCAUAUGUAAUGUCACCUCGUACUAUUUCUUUCUGUCGAUUCUAGAGACAUUUGUGAGAAGAAAACAACGAAUCGCUCAAACCUGUGAACGCAUCACAUCUAUCCAUAUCCCAGAUGCCGAGUAUGACUUUAUCGUAGUGGGGGGUGGAGCAGCCGGUUCUGUCGUCGCUGCAAGACUAAGUGAGAAUCCGUCCUGGAAAGUUCUGCUUGUUGAGGCAGGCCCGGACGAACUAGUAGCCGCAUCCGUCCCUGGUUUCGUUUAUAUUGUAUCCGAAUCAUCUAACGAGUGGGGAUACCAGUCGACCAACGAAACCUACGCCUGUCAAGGUUCGAAUGGUAGCUGUUCGAUCACGCAAGCCAAAACUCUCGGUGGAGGCAUGUCGCACAAUGCAAUGAUAUACCUACGCGGCAGCCCGUAUAUAUUCGAUCAAUGGGCUGCAAUGGGUAACGAGGGAUGGUCGUGGGAAGAAGUCUUGCCAUUUUUCAAGAAGUCCGAAAAUAACGGCGAUAUCGAUAGUGUUGGCCGAAAGUAUCACGGCACGAAUGGGCCGCUUUUUGUCGAAAGGUUUCCGUCCAAACCACCUUUUGCAAAUGUGAUACUUGAAGCAGCCAAAGAGGCGGGUCUCGGCCUCAGCAAUGAUCUCAACGGAGAUGAUCCUAUCGGGUUCACUAUACUCCAAACAACGAGUCAUCGCGGUGCGAGACGCAGUAGCGCUGCGGCAUAUCUGCGGCCAAUCAGACACCGCAAGAACCUCCAAAUAACUCUGAACUCCACCUGCACGCGAGUCAUAAUCGAGAACCGAAGGGCGGUUGGCAUCGAAUAUUACAAGGACGGCAAGUUGUACACGGUACGCGCAUCCAGGGAAGUCAUCCUCUCCGCAGGUGCUGUUCGGUCUCCUCAUCUUCUACUCCUUUCUGGAGUUGGGCCGGAAGAAGAUUUGAAAUCCUACGGAAUCGAAGUGAUCGAAAAUUUACCCGGCGUCGGCAUGAAUUUCCAUGAUCAUAUCACAUUCCCGAUUGAGUUCACCAUAGACGAGCCUGACGUCUACGACAACAACUGGGCCGCUCUUGCUGAAUAUAUCGCCUUCCAGACCGGACCCUUGUCUAACACCGGACUCGGUCAAGUGGCUGGCGCCCUACCAUCUGGAAUAACGACGCCUAACCUGCCGGACAAUCAUAUAGUCGGCAUGGGUUACUCUGCUGGUUGCGCACCCGGUGGAAUCGGCUUACUUAGCAGCGACGGUAAACGCGAAAUCGAGUUUUGGGCCGGUUACGAGCAUCCAAAAUGCAGAGGAAAAAUUAGUCUGGCUUCAUCGGAUCCUUUGGAAUAUCCUUCAAUUACGGUAAACUAUCUCUGCCAUCCUGAUGACAUCGCUGGGGUUGUAAAAGCUGUCGAGUAUACUUUGCAAUUGGCUGAUGCACCCGCCUUGAAAGCCUAUAACAUGACCUUGGCCGCGACACCUUUCGAGCCCUGCUCAACCUACACUUUUGCUAGCAGAAAAUAUUGGGAGUGUGCAGUUCAUUACAAUGCUACUGGGGAAUACCAUGUCGCAGGCUCCUGCAAAAUGGGCCCAUCAUCGGACCCACUGGCAGUUGUCGACCCUCGGCUUCGAGUCUACGGAAUACAAGGACUACGCGUGGCGGACGCUUCUAUUAUGCCGCAGGUGACUACUGCUAAUACUGGAUCAGCUUGCGUCAUGAUUGGAGAGCGAGCUGCGCAUAUGAUCAAGCAAGAUUGGGAUUACACAGAUGCAGUAUAAUAUUCUGCGUAACUCGGUACAAUGAAACGGAUUUAAAAAAAUACAUAUACCCACUCCUUAUGAGAAUUAGCAGUUGAAAAGAAAAGAAACAACUUCAUUCGACAGGAUUAACCACAAUUGUAUUCCACGAACUGAUUUAAUACAGCGCACUUAUGCAAACGUUCGUUUAUACUGAAAAUCGGCUGUCAAAUGCAGAUUUUCCUAAGCCCGGGAAUAUCUCAGAACCGUCGGCGACCGUUGUGCCUGAAUUCCAGUUCACUUUUUGGAUGUUGAUGCUAACAGCACAAUGAAAAUAACGUCAUGCAGAUAUAUCUAAUUCGAUAACCAAUCGAACGUUUCCAAAAUGUAUAAUAAAUUUCUGUCUCGCAACCAUACGAUAACUCUAAAACUUAUGUGCACGCACACUAAUAUUGUUCUAAUAAAAAGAAAAUUUACUUCGA